CUUCCGUUGCAUUGUCCAAAGAAAUAUCCAUUAUACUUUUAAAACGGGUACUCCAGAGGACUUUGCUCUUAAACUCUUAUAAUUCGCAUUUUUAUUACUUUGUAAAUAACACUGUCUGAUAGUACAAUAAUAAUUUUCUCCAGAAAACAAUGAUAAUGAUAAAGAAUAUCUUUAGUCGCCGGUUUCUUGCCAGAGGAUGUCAAAUACUCAGUCAAAGGGGAAUAGCAUCACUGUCAUCCCUUCCGGAGUCUCAUCAAAUGCUCCAGAAGACAUGUCGAGAUUUUACUGAUAACGAAUUGAAGCCCAAUGCUGGAAAAUUUGACAGGGAACACUUGUUCCCAAGGGAUCAGAUCCGGCAGAUGGGCCAAUUGGGCUUGAUGGCAAUAUCUGUCCCGGAGAAAUAUGAUGGAACUGGCCUGGAUUAUCUGGCUUAUUCUAUUGCCUUGGAAGAGAUAUCACGUGGCUGCGCUUCGGCAGGUGUUAUAAUGUCUGUGCAGAAUACCCUGUUUAUGGGACCAAUUCUGGACAAUGGAACAGAGAAGCAGAAGGAAGAUUUUAUUCGGCCAUUUGUGAGUGGAGAGAAAAUUGGAUGUUUUGCCCUGUCUGAGCCUGGGAAUGGAUCAGAUGCUGGAGCUGCAUCAACAAUGGCCGUUGCAAAGGGUGAUCGAUGGGUUCUAAAUGGCACAAAGGCCUGGAUUACAAAUGGUUUUGAAGCCAAUGCAGCUGUGGUCUUUGCCACAACAGAUAAAAGCCUCAAGCACAAGGGCAUCUCGGCUUUCAUCGUGCCAAGGGACUCUGCUGGAUUUUCCCUUGGGAAGAAGGAAGAUAAACUGGGAAUCCGUGGAUCAUCAACUUGCAGUCUCAUUUUCGAAGACUGCGAAAUUCCCAAGGAGAAUCUCCUAGGUCAGAUGGGAGAUGGCUUCAAGAUUGCCAUGAAAACUUUGGAUGCUGGACGCAUUGGGAUUGCAAGUCAGGCUGUGGGAAUUGCUCAGGCAUCCCUGGAGCUGGCACUUGACUAUUCAACCAAACGAACAGCUUUUGGAAAGCCCAUCUCGAAGCUGCAGACAAUUCAGCAGAAAAUUGCAGAUAUGGCUCUUCGUGUUGAAUCUGCCCGGCUCCUGACGUGGCGUGCAGCCUGGCUGAAGGACAAUCGGAAGCCUUAUACAAAAGAAGCCGCAAUGGCCAAACUCGCAGCAUCCGAAGCUGCAACGUACGUUUCCCAUCAAUGCAUUCAGAUUCUCGGAGGAAUGGGAUAUGUCUCGGAUAUGCCGGCAGAAAGGCACUACAGAGAUGCUCGAAUCACGGAGAUUUAUGAAGGAACAUCCGAGAUACAACGAUUAGUCAUUGCAGGAGCGGUUUACAAAGAGAUGUCUUAAUUCGAAGUGCCAGGAAGUGAAUUCAAUAGAGUUAGAAGACUUAUAUCAUGGGUUGGGAAUAAAAGUCACAUUUUUUAUACAAUUAUUAUGGGAAAUGCAAGUAAAAGUGUUUUAAUAAAUAAAUCAUUAAUAAAGAA